AUGGGGCAGCAGCCGUCUUUGAAUUUUGCACUGCGCCAGCACAUUUAUAACCGGGACAACGAAGGCCUUACGGAGUUUCUCCGUUCCCACGAAGGAGAGCUCAGUGAGGCUUGCAUGGAUGAAGCCAUCUACGUUGAGCUUAUUGGGCGGCAGUGGGACUCUGACACAAUUCACCGUUUUGCCAAGUUCGCCAACGACAAGCAGCUGGCGGUGCUUAUAGCCACCGCCAUACUUCAGAGUCAUGUGGUGCCGCUUGCCCCUCUCUUCGGGCUGAUGCGGGAUCGCGAGCGGACCAUUGAGCAGUGUCAUCUCAAACACCUCUUUUUGAUUGCCUGCGAGCGGGAGAACGUGGACGCCGUGCGUGCCUUCAUCGCCAAUAGAUGCUUUGACCCGUCGGAUCGACGUCCUGUUCGGGCUGUGUUGCGUGCACAACUGAGUAAGUCGGUUGUGAAUGAGGAGCUGGUGAAACUGGUUCUGGCGGCACAUCCGCUGCAGACAGACAACGUUGAAUACAUCCGCAAUAAUUGCCUUGCUGCCGCCAAAAGUGACCAAGUUCGCAAGGCUGUGGAUGAUUUCCUAUUCAACUACAUACCUUGA